GCACGAUAGAGACCUGUAUUUUGAAACUUCCGGCUUCACCGGAAGUUGAUAUUGUUUCGCUCCUGGCUUCGCAGUUUCACGUGUUCCCAUCACUGCAGACAGAGUUAAAUCAUGACACAUUCAGACGGGAUCGUUAAACCCAAGACGAAGCGCUCCAAGCGCUUCCUGCAAAGUCGAGAGCCCAAACUGAUCGAGAACCUGAAGAACAGCAUGAUCAUUAAAGGAGGAAACACCAGCGAGACUCUCUCUCAGGCCCUGAAGGACGUGUACGCGCUGAAGAAACCCAAUGCUGUGCUGUACAAGAAGAAGAACAUGGUGCGGCCCUUCGAGGACUCCACGGCUCUGGAAUUCUUCUCCAAGAAAUCAGACUGUUCCAUGUUUCUGUUCGGCUCACACAACAAGAAGAGACCCAACAACCUCAUAUUUGGACGCAUGUUUGACUUCCACGUGCUGGACAUGUUUGAGCUGGGCAUCGAGAAGUUUGUGUCUCUGAAAAACGUGAAGAAGGACACGUGUCCCGUGGGCACCAAACCCAUGCUGGUGUUUGCUGGAGAGCUCUUUGACAUGGAUCGUGAGCAUCAGCGCUUGAAGAACGUGCUGACAGAUUUCUUCUGUGGACCCCGAGUGUCUGCGGUGCGUCUGGCCGGACUGGAGCACGUGCUUCACUUCACGGCGCUGGAGGGAAAGAUCUACAUGCGCAGCUACAGAGUGUUGCUGAAGAAGUCCGGCUGCCGGACGCCCCGGAUCGAGCUGGAGGAAAUGGGACCUUCCUUUGACUUUGUCAUGAGGAGAAGUCACAUGGCCUCAGACGACCUGUACAGAACCGCUCACAAAAAGCCCAAAGGAGUGAAGCCCAAGAAGAAGAAGAACAUUUCCCAUGAUGUCUUCGGCACCAGGUUUGGCCGCUUACACAUGCAGAAGCAGGACCUGGACAAACUACAGACACGCAAGAUGAAGGGCCUGAGGAAGAGGAGAGGAGAGGAGCCGGCAGAGAGCGCGUCACCCAAAACACCCCGAACAGAGAGUGACGUCUGAGACACUGACAGGACUGAGUUUGAUACGAGACUUCAGACGCUUCACAGACUUUCUCUACGAGACCGUGUUUGCGUAGCAUCAGUCUGCGUCAAACGGUCGAUCCUCCCGCACAAACACAAUCACAUGACCGCUUCAACAGGAAAUAUAAUGGAAAUGUGAUGCAAUAAACAGAUUUCUCCAGA